GUACCCGGAAAUAAACCCGGAAGUAGGUGCGUCGUUGUUUUCAUACCCCCGACUUUCAACAUGAAGGAAGGCAAGAUGUCUGGCCCUGUGAGUAUCGGAGCUCUGCUUCAGGCGGACCUCCGGGAGGACGCUGCUCACCGGGACGACGGCUUGUGUGUUGUCGGUGUUUUUGGUAAAAGUAAUAUGCAGUCCGGACCGCCCAAAGAGUCUCUUAUCAAUAUUCUGGCGGACAAGCACAUCUUCCCGCUGUUCGACGGUCCGGAGGACGGCGGCACCGCCGACAGCCACAUCCAGGCUUUCUACAACCGGGAGAGUCAGGUGCUGUACCUGCUGCUCUCCUCCGUCUGCGACAGCCGGCAGCUGCUGCGGGCCUGCCAGUCUCUCAGCGCCGGCACCAGCCACUCCGACGCCCACGACUUCUGGAAAGGCCUGGACAGACAGCACUGCCUGCACCUGCUCUUCAUGUUCUCCGUGUGCCACGUUCUGCUGCUCGUCCACCCAAAUCAGACCUUCGAUGUGGCCUAUGACCGGCUCUUCAGAGCCCUGGACGCCCUGCGACAGAAGGUCCUGCCUCUGAUCCGAGCUGCCAUCAAAGACUGUCCCGUGUCCAAGGAGUGGAAGGUGAACUGUCGGCCCUGCCCUCCGCGCCUGCUCUUCGUCUUCCAGAUGAACGGCGUUCUGAAGACCUCUGCAAACGGCUCCGAGUCUGGAGGGAACCCCGACAAGCCCAAAAAGCACUCUCCCAGGAGGAGGCUGCAACACGCCCUGGAGGACCAAAUUUACCGCAUCUUCCGUAAAAGCAGGGUCCUGACCAACCAAAGCAGCAACUGCUUGUUCACCGUGCCCGCCAACCAAGCGUUUGUGUACGUGAUACCGACGGCAGAAGAGGACCCUGUAGGCGCCCUGCUUGGUCAGCUGCGGUCCAACUGCAUCUUGUGUGAACAAGACUCCACCACGUCGGUGUCCGGGCCGAGGCGGUACCAGCAGGUGAGACGGUCGGCUCGGCAGUCCGCCUUCGCCGGAGACUCGAGCAGCAUGUCGACGGGCGGUCAGCUGAUGGACUGCAGCUUGAAAGAAUUCCUCUGGCAGCAUGUGGAGCUGGUGCUGACCAAGAAAGGCUUUGACGAUAGCGUAGGCCGCAACCCGCAGCCUUCACACUUUGAGCUGCCAACCUAUUCCAAAUGGGUCCAGGUCGCCUCCAGACUCCACCAGGUCCUAAUUAGCAACACAGAGGAAGAGAUGGCGGAGCUGGCCACAAAAGUGCAAGGGCAGCUGAAGGUUUUAGAGGGUUUCCUCGAUGCUGACACAAAGUUCUCAGAGAACAGGUGCCAGAAAGCUCUGCCUCUGGCUCACAGUGCAUACCAGUCCAACCUUCCCCAUAACUACACCACUACGGUGCACAAAAACCAGCUGGCACAGGCUCUGCGGGUGUACAGCCAGCACGCCCGAGGCGUGGCUUUCCAGCGCUACGCCCUGCAGCUGCACGAGGACUGCUACAAGUUCUGGAGCAACGGCCACCAGUUGUGUGAGGAACGAAGCCUGACUGACCAACACUGUGUUCACAAGUUCCACCUGCUGCCUCAGCCAGGAGAGAAGCCAGACAUGGAUCGCAACCCACCCGUCAUGAACCACAACAGCAGGGGGCGCUCCACCAGCUCCUGUAAUUGUGGCAGAAAACAAGCUCCUCGCGAGGAUCCAUUUGACAUCCAGGCAGCCAAUUAUGACUUCUUUCAGAUGCUGGAGGAGAAAUGCUGUGGGAAGCUGGAGAGGAUUGAGUUCCCAGUGUUUCAGCCCAGCACUCCUGACCCAGCUCCAGCCUGCAACCAAGCUCAGCGACUCCCGUGUGACGCCUCAGGGUCUGGUGAGGCGGAGAGGUUGAAGGAGCCGAGCACAGCUCAGAGCCACACGCCAGGAGACACCAGCCUCAGCCUGGCUCUCAGUCUGGGCCAGUCCACAGACAGCCUGGGACCCUACGGGGAAGGAGAUGGAACUGAGGCCCAAGUUCAGCAAAAGAGGCCAAGCCUUGUUGACCGCCAGCCCUCCACUGUGGAGUAUCUCCCGGGUAUGAUGCACUCUGGCUGCCCCAAAGGGCUGCUGCCCAAGUUCUCCAGCUGGUCUCUGGUCAAACUGGGCCCAGCCAAGUCGUACAACUGCCACACCGGUCUGGAACAACCGGGCUUCCUACCCGGCUCUUCCUUCCUCUUACCGUGGGACUUGGUGAUUCGCUCUCGGUCAGAGGAGGACACAGGACUGACGGAGCCUUUGGAUGGAGGCACCUCCUCGUGGCCAGCCCCCAACAAGACCCUGGUUGGAAAGCGAGGCAGCACCGGAGGGCUCGGGAGGAGUCGCAGGAGGGACGAUAUGGCUCGGGUCUUUGUGGGGUUUGAGUAUGAAGACAGCAGAGGAAGACGCUUCAUUAGCUCUGGACCAGAUAAAAUAGUGAAAGUUCUGGGACCAGGGGGUGCCAAAGAUCCCGCCACCAGGGUGCUAAACACCGACAUGCCGCUCUACGUCCCUUCCCCGUCUCAGGGCCGCGGCCUGAAGCCUCACUUCGCCCAGCUGACUCGCCUUUUCAUUGUGGUGCCUGACGCCCCGCUGGAGGUGACCCUCAACCCUCAGGUGCAGCCUGGUCCUCCUCCCUGCCCACUUUUCCAUCCGGAGCAGAUGGAUUUGGUGCUGCCGCCUGACGGCCUUUGGGUGCUGCGCUUCCCUUAUUCUUACGCAACGGACCGCGGGCCCUGUUACCCCCCCAAAGAGAACCAACCACUCAGCAACUACAAGGUGCUGCGGGGCAUCUUGAAGGGCACCACUGCUAACCCCCCGCCGCAGUGAAGCUUUGACACGCCCUGAUAAAGGCUGAGGAGGUUUUGUUUGUAGGUCUGCCUCCGCCACCCCCACUCCACCAGACCUCUUCAGACCUCAUUGGGCCAAAGUCUGGCCUUGACCAGCACAUAACCACGUGACAAGGAUGUUGGAAACUAACGGUCAGAUUUCCGUGAAAUAUUCUUUGGAUAUUGAUGCUCCCCACAGGUUGAAUGCGAUUGAUUUGGGCGUAAAUGCUCCCCAGAGGAAGAACCCGUUCUGUAGUGCCAUCCAAACUUUUUAGCGCUGACAACAGUGAGACCAUCAUGCCCGUAUGCUUCUUCAUCUCAGUCUGUCGGACGGUCGAACAGCCUCUGAACGCCACGCGCUUUCCUGACAUCAGAUCAGGCUGCGUCCGACACUUUCUGUAACUUUCCGAAGCCAACAGUCGGUCCACUUCAGGGUGUGAUUGGCCAGCUGCGUGGAGGUGAGAGAACAAGCACGAUGUGAACGUCUUCUCUUGAUGAAACUAUUUCAGUCACUUUUCCUGUGAACAAACAAGUGCAGCAGCGUGAGCGUCUUCCAGGAGACUCUCAGACCGCCUGAACACGCUGACAGUAUUUUAAGCCCCUUAGUAAUCAUUUAGAAACAGUGCGUAAACGUUUUCUAAAUGGCCUGUAACGCACUGGAAUGUAGCUGUAAGCAGACAGUGUUUGUUAAACAACAGUGACUCCUCCUGUGGGUUGUGUUCUGGGGAUCGGCAUGUUUUUCUCUGAAUUAAAUUCUCAGUCAUUGACUCA